AUGCUGGAACUGUGGAAAGACGGGCCACAGAUCAAGAGAUUGCUGGGCCCCGCGGAACAUCAACCAGGUCGAAGGAGAUUGGACGUAUGCCCCGGCUACACCAUCUUCAUCGGGAACUACCGGAGGUGCAACGGCUUCAGGAGGAGUGCAAAGCUCAGCGAGCCUGCGGCAGGUUCGGCGAGCGUCAGAAUGAUCCGGCUGGUCACCCCCCCGGACAUGGACGAGACGAGGAUGUCCGACCUCACUGCUGGGGAAGAUGAGUUCCUGGGGAUGAUCCAGGAGGUUGAGGAUGAGAGCUACGCUGUGCUGAUGGUGGAGCGCGAGGACGACGAGUCGUUCUUUGAUGCCCACGAGCCUGCGGUGGAAGAGAUCGGACAGGCCACGGUGAUGGCCAUGGACUUGCAGGGCGAUAACUUUGAGACGGAAGACGAGACCUACCAGGUGAACAUGGUGAUGGACGAAGAGAUGGAUCAUGGAGGGAUUAUCAUGAAAGACGCGCAGGGCAACAUCAUCCAGCAGAGCGGAAUGAGAAAGGUGAACUUUGCCAUGAUGGGCAAGGACGGCAAUUUCGUGGAGAAGUUCAUUGUGGGAAAGGUGAAACAUCCCAUCCUGUGUGCUGGGCGUCUACUACGCAGUGGAUGGGAGAUGAGGAGAAGCGGAGACCUGAAUCUCUGGCACAAGCAAGGAGUUGAGAUUCCGCUGGAGAUGAAGAAGAAUAGCCUGCAGGUCGUGGCGGAGAUAUGCUCGGUGGAGACUGAGAACAACGAACACGAGGAAGAGUGGAACACGGUGGAGGUUUGUGUGCUGGAGGGCUUCCUGUACGCGAGCUUCAAGGAGCUGGAGAAAAUUUCUGGUACGUUUGAUUGGAAGGCAAGGAUGACCUUCAUGAAGACCAAGGACGGUAAAUGGAUGCAGGUGGAGAACGUCACGACCAUUAGCGUUGUGGCGCCUGUGAAGAUGAAGGGCUACUUCAAGGUGGACUCAGAAGUCCCGGUGGCGCGAGCUGCAAUCAGAUGUCAUGAAGAGGAGGCAGCAGCUGAGGAGCACGCUGGUCACAGAAAGGAGGUGGAGAUAGUGAGGCCAAGCCUGGAACAGCAGAACGAGCACAACCUCACGCACUACCCCUUUGCUGGUUGGUGCCAAGCAUGCCUCAGCACGAGAGCGAAGGAGGAAGUCCACAAGCGCGACGUCAAGAAGGACGUGGAGAGCAGCAAGACGGUGAUCAGCUUUGACUUUGGCUACACUUACGUGGACGACUACGGCAACGAGAAAAGCCCAGACAAGGUAAAAGAUGCGGAUGAGCAAUACGGCGCUGUGCUGUACAUUGCCGACCAUCACACCAAGGCAGUUCAUGCAGUGCCGGUGAUGAGCAAGGGAGCCCACAACCUCAAGCUGAUGGUUGAGGAGUUGGUUCGGUUUGGAAUGCAAGUUGCUGGAGGAGACCCCGUGAUCUAUCAGAGCGACGGGGAAAGGUACUAUGCGGAGGAGCAAGCUCAGGUGACCGUACUGGGCAGCUCACACGUGUAUCCGUGGAGCUUCAGACAUGCUUCGUGGCUGAUCAACAGGUACCUGCUGGAAAAGGAAAGAAAGACGAGCUAUGAGGUGUGGUCAGGAAGGAAGUACCAGGGGAAGAUUUGCUUGUUCGGGGAGAGUGUCAUGUACAGACUGCACAUCGUGCUCACGCCAGGGCGCAUCGGCACCGACCUGGUGAUUGUAAAGGGCCUGCCCUGGAACUAUUCGGCUUCCGGGGUGCUCAUGAAGAAGGUAGGGCCGCGGAGGAGGAUUGCAGCAGCAGCUGAUGCGGCAGAGGAAGACGAGAAGGCUGAGCUGGACAACACUGAGGGGACAAAGGACAUCGCGAAGAAGGCCGACGUCAAGAUAGGCAACUACAAGAAGACACCCGCGAGGAGCGACCUUGGGAAAAGAGACGGCAGUGCAGAGCUGUCGGAGGCGGAGACAUCGGAAUUCAGGUCGAUCGUGGGGAAGAUGCUCUACAUUGGAGGUGAGCGGCCUGACUGUCAGUUCGCCAUUAAUGCUCUUGCUGCGUGGAUGUCAAAGCCUACGAAGACGGCAUGGAGGCAUGCAGAGCAUUUGGCAAGCUACUUGGUCGGCGCGGAGUUCUAUCGACUGCUCAUCAAGAGCAGCAGGUGUGGGAAGUCCAUGUUGGACAUGAGAGAGAUGCAGGAGAUCGAGGUGAAGAAAGUUCACCUCAUGGAGGUUGUCGCUGACAGCGACUACGCGGGGGACCAGAACUCGAGAAAGAGCAUCACGAGCUUCCAGGUGUUCCUCGACGGCAACCAGAAGCCAGAGAAGCAUCUCACUUUCAAGCGGUGA